UUUCCGUUCUUUCUCGCAGUAAGUACUUUUUUCGAUCAUCAACGGGAAGGAGAAUGCGGUUCAAUUGGAAGUUUGCGCAAUUUUAGCCGAAUUUUGAAGUGCAAAGUGGUGAAAAGUGAUUCUCGAAAGUGGCGCUUUUCUGGGGCCUGGUUGCGGGAAAAAUCGAGCUGCCAGAAAAUGGCUCACGAAUGCGGUGCUAGUGUUGGUGCUGGCAAUCGCUGUAUUGGUGCCCGUCGGAACAGUGGAAACCUGUUCGAGCAACCAACAACUUGUUAGAGGACUCGAAUUCACUCCCUUGCCUGUACGACGGGGUGGUGGUAUUGGUGCAGGGAAAACUAUAACGCAUUUCCUCGGUGAAAAACGGUAUGAUUAUUCGAGUUUGCAAGCAUGGCCGCCGGAUCCGGUUCAGUGUUCUGUCAACUUCCAGUUGAAAAUUGCUAAAAAGUGGCCAAAAAACGGACCAAAUUGACCGGUGAACAGUGACUGUCGUACAGCACCGGCGGAACACCAGUGACAAGUGUCAGUUUGUAACCCACAAACACCCAUUAGUGUCGUAUUGUUGCCUCGUUGGAUCUCGUUGGUUCGUGUUCGCCUGCGAACAGAGAAAAGUGUUGUGUAAUUUUGCCUUGGACUUUGGGAAAUCCCUCAGAAGUUCGAGUCCCGACCCGAGUUGGAAAAGUGCGCUUGUUUCGCAGGUACACCUGCUAGAUCCGCGCACCUGUUGGACUGGACCUGUCCGGUCAGGAUUUCCGUUCCGGCGAGGGGGGGAUGGGCACGAAGAAUAAUGCAGAAGAUCAUCCUCCCGUUACCGACUACCCUCGAGACGGAUGGCACUCCAUUUUCGGCUACUUGUUGCAUCAGCUGUAAUUAUUACAUACAUACAUUAGUGAACUGUCCGCAAUUUUUUAGAUGUGAACAAACCUGCGACUACUGUCACGUAAUGAAAGCAAUUAAAUGUUUGAAAACACAACGAAAGCAAUAACCAUCCUGUGAAAUUACAACACAAAGCAAAUUAAACUGAGAAUAUAAAUCCUAUCUAAAGUUUGGAAUCAAAUUCCCAUCUCCUAAAACGCAAGCAAAGAUUAGAGCAAUAAAUAUUUUAUACUGUAAACUUUUAACAUAAAACAAAUUAAGAUAAAUCAAUAUCGCUGAGCAGCUAACUCGAGUAAACCGCAAUUACCCCUGCACAUCCAGUGGCGUCACAAGCAGUAACGAAACAGCCAACCAGUUAUCGGAAGUGGAAGUGAGAAACUCGUCCAAAGGAACUCCAUAACAACAAGUGUUAUACGAUUGUUUUUUUCCUUAAAUACAUAAAUAUACACAUUGACUCACCUACAUUAGUUUUCCUACUCCUCCUCCUCCUUCGGAUCGCUGUUUGUUGCUCUCGUAUGCGUCAACCGACGGCAGAACCUGCCAACCGUAAGAAUCAACCAGCCAGUCAACCACCCACCCAUCCGCUCACCCACGGAAAAUCGAGCACAGCUCCACACCCUACAACACCGAAGGACCAAGAACGCUCACUCAUACAACGAACCAUACAACUGCUAGAAAACACCAAAACUACAACAACAACAACACGGCAGGGAGAAAAUCAACAACAACCGACGAACCAAGAGAACCAGCAAAGGAACCAGCGGCCCGCGAGUGAACGGGAGGGCUCGAGAUCAACCGGUCUCGCUCUGCUGCACAUGUGAUCUUCACCAACACCAACGCGCCCAACUGUGACCGAAGCCGGGGUACACACAAAAAGAAGAGAAGUAAAAAAACAGUCAUUCAAUCGCGAAUAUUGCCAGCCACCCGCUCGGGGAUUUCGUAUCCGACCGACCAAAUCUACUACUCCUUCGGCCAGCGCGCGGAUUCAUGAACCGGAGAGCGACCAUUAAAACAUAUUUCAUAAAUCCAACAAGUGUGUUGUUUUUCGGUGUCGUGCUCGGUCCUGCAGCGGAUCCCUUCCGUCUCCGUCGGUCAUCAGAAGGAAAAAAAAACAGGCAAAGGUAACUUACCGACAGCGGGUGGAAGUUUUAUUUUUAUCGAUUUAUUAGCCUACCGCUAGUCCGUCCGCUGGUAGGAAGUUCUCCGCCACAGCAGCCGGGCUGCUUCCAGAAAUAAAUAACAUUAUUAGUGCGGGCGGAUCAAUUCAAACAUGCCCCGUUGCUAUAUCGCCAAGAAGCAAACGACGGCGACCGACAGCGGUGCCGGUGGGGGUGGUGGCGUCGGUGGUGGAACGACGAUUCCCUACGGACGUUUUGCUACUAAUGGGUUGCUACCCGGUCAACCAAAUGGAGCUGGUGGUGGUGGUGGCCACGUUACCAUUAUCAGCGGGACUGGUGGCAGCGGAGGUGGCACUACAACGGAAGUGGGAAAUGUGAUUGUGAAGCAUAGCAGCGGCACCGGCCCGAACAGCGGAAAUAACGGUGCAACGGUGGGCCCGGGAGGAGUGAUCUGUAGUCCCAGUCCGGCACCGACCGGAAAUGUAAUUAUACUGAACAGUGUGAGUGUGAUCAGUGGCGGUCCCGGAGCGAUGGGAAAUGUGAUUGGAACCAACGGCACCGGAGGAGCUGGCACUACGACCGCUGCGACCGGCAGCGGGGGCUUUGGGAUGGCGGGUGGCGUAAUACAACGAAUAGAGGAUUCCGUUGGACCGACCAGUCCGACGGAGGCGUGCGUGGCACCAAUUUACUACACCAACUUGGCGGAAAAUCAAAACGGAUUCUCCAUUCAGCUAAGCGAUUACCGGAACAUAAAAUGUGGGCCAGUCACCGCCUCCCACAGCACCAGUAUCAAAACCAGCAGCCAUAAUAACACAAACAGUACUAACAACAACAACAACACCACCAUUAGCCACGUGAAGGCUAAUUCCUCAAGACAUUUUACGGUAAGUGCUUCCUCAAACCAUUCCGUCGUCAACCAGUCGCCUUCGGCAUCAGCAGCAACAGUAACUCCACAAGCAUCAGCAGUCGCGACGGCGAUGCUAAAAUCCGGCCGUAGCCAUAAUAAUUAUCCGAAUAAAAGAGAACAACAGAUGUUAAUUUACACGCAGCCCCCAUCGGAUAAGAAAGCAGAUAAAUCACCUUCACCAGUGCCUACGGGCACCGACUCAUCUUUCGCAGCAGCAGCAGCAGCUAGUGGCGGCAGGAAUAGCAAUACAACAUUAACAACAACAACAACAACAGGUCGUCAGCCGUCAAGCACCCCGUUCCAGUAUGACGCCACGUCGCCGAUAUUCCGCGACCGUAGCAUCGAAGAAACGGAAGCCGCUCAUGAUUUAUUGUCGUUAUCGCAGAGCCUACCCCCACUUCCGGCUCCGUGCGUAGUGACAAUUCUUCACCCCAGCACGGAACCGUCCGUGAACAUUGUCGCGUCCAAUGCACCAACCGCCAGUGGCCCGCCUGCUAUCGUACAGAAUACCAACAUCAUUAACAUCGUCGACGGAAGUUAUCAGUGUCCCGCGGGAUCGACACCGAUAUCGAUGAUAAUUCCGUGUUACGAACUCACGUCAACCGCUAUCCCGGUGGUGAAGACCAUCGCCGCCACGACCGCUCCAUUGACGCCGCCUACAUCCGAACACUCAUCCGACACGGAAAGCUGCGGGUCCUCACCGAUGGCCAAAUUACCGGUGGUCUCAUUCGUAUCAUCGUCUUCCAACCAGUCCAACAAACGGACCAAAAAAUCUUCCUCCGCUGGAAUAGCACUUUCGCAUCCUAGUAAAAAAUCCAAAAUCAACAGUUCGGACUCCAUCGAGUCGAAAGCCGCUGAACUCUACACCUACGAUGACCUCAUUUCCAGCGAUGGUCGCACCAAGAAUCGCAAAAAAUCCAACACCAGCAAACACCCGACCAAUACAGUCACUGACCAGGAGCAACCUCAACCGAACAGCAAAACACCAUCGUCCCCGGGCGGCACCGUGUCCAAGGGUAAAUACAAAUGCCCCGAGUGCGGCAAACAGUACGCCACUUCCAGUAACCUCUCGCGUCAUAAGCAAACUCAUCGCAGUUUGGACUCCCAGUCGGCCAAAAAGUGUAUGACCUGUGGCAAGGCGUACGUUUCCAUGCCCGCCUUAGCCAUGCAUCUGCUGACUCACAAACUUUCCCACAGUUGCGGAGUCUGCGGUAAGCUCUUCUCCCGACCUUGGCUUCUGCAGGGUCAUCUUCGUUCGCACACCGGCGAAAAACCGUACGGCUGUGGCCACUGCGGCAAGGCAUUCGCCGACCGGUCCAAUCUGCGUGCCCACAUGCAAACUCAUUCCACCGAUAAAAACUUCGAGUGCGAACGGUGCCACAAGACGUUCGCGCUGAAAUCAUAUCUCAACAAACACCUGGAAUCGGCCUGCUACAAAGAGGACGACAUGGUCGGCGGCAGGAAGAUCUACCACAGCAGUCAGGAUAUCGAUCGGGACGAGGCACGCCAACGGCAACUGCAGCAGUUGCACGACGAGAACAGCAGCAUGACGAUCGACGUGGUCACGACCACCACCGGUUCCUGGUGCGAUGAUCUGAACGCUACGGGUGACACUUCCGGAGGCAACACGGUGCUGCUUCCGAGCAGUCACAGUGACGGACAGACUGAUGACGAUGAGGAUAUCGAUGUGAUUACGGCGUAAGGUUGAACGGUUGCCGGUUUAUUUUCCUGCUUUUAGUUUUAUCGUAAACAGAUCCGGUUAGUGCUGUAUAUUGACUCCUACGGUAGGUUUGAGUUUGCGAGGGAUUUAUUUUAUUCCUAUUCCAUAACGAAUGGAAAUUUAGAUUUUUUUUUUUUGAUUUCACAUGAAAUAUUUUGUUCAGUUAACAGCAGAAACGAGUUCACGACAUCGUAUAGAUUUGUUUUGGAGAACAAUGUAUUUUGCUUCUAUUUUUUGAAAAAAUCAAACUUCAAAUAGACACUGUAAAACUACAAUAUUGACGUCUUUAGUUGGCUAGGCUAUUGUGAUAAAUAUCUGCUCUAAAAUGACAAGCAGUUGCAUCAUUUAAAGCUUUCAAAUAUACACCCAAAACAUGCUGUUCCAACGGUUGAUCUCAACAUAUUUUCUUACGCCAAAUUUUAUUUUUCGCUUGUAAACAGAUGUUUUUCGCACCCAUACACAUGCAUAGAAUGUGCAUAUCAAUUAUAUUCAUGUUUUACAUUCUGAACAAUUUGAAACAAAGAUAUCGACCUGUUAUCAAACUAGUUUCAUGUUUUUGCUCGAAAAAAGAACUGCAUUGCAACUCACUGCGUUGCGAUUGACAUGCUAUACAUUGACGUGUUAAGUAGAUCAGUCCAUUUAACAUAAAACAGUGUUGCCAAAAAUCUAAGUUCUAAAAACUAAACGUUUUUAAGUUCCAAAAACAUAAGCAUCAAUUUUAAAACAAAAAACAUCUUAAUUCACCCAGUCGUGUGGUAAUACAUAACUCUUGCCUAUGAAUAAACAACGUUAAAACAUUAUUUUCAUUAAGCUAAUUUUCGAAACAAAUUUAUAUAGAUUUAUUCGGAUUCAUUCAGAAUGAUUCGAAAAGUUCACUAAAACAAACCUCAAUGCUUACGCCGCUUAUUCGGUAACAUAAGCGGAAUCAGAAGUAUCAGCAAUAAAAUUUUCGAAUUUGAUCAUUGAACUCACUCUGAGAAAUUGAAAGUCGUGCGAAUAGUCGGUUACGGCACUUAAACGAUUAUAUCUUUGGAACAGAAAAUGUUCGCCAUGAGCAGUGAUGGCAUUUCACAAGAAUAAUGCACCAGUGCGUAAGUUUCAUUUCUACACUGCGGAUACAUUUAGUAUGCACCACACAAAGAGGAAAGCGCACUUCUUCACAGUGUCCAUUAGACAGACUUUGAGUGUGUGCUUGUGUUGAAAGAAGCUGGUGCGAGACAAACUCGUUCUCUUCGCAUGAAUCGGUCUCACGUGCUCUCGCCUAAAUACACUUCUGGGAACUUUAAUACAUAGAGAGUAGAUCUGGCCUUGCUAUGGAAAACUUGCAAGGAAAAACGAAUAUUCAACGAUAAAUUGUUUUACUUUGCUGAUUUUGCGUGCCCCACGCUUCUUCUACGCAAACCAGAGUGCUCGCCGGCGUGUACAGCUCUGUGAAAAUAUCUGAUCCACCUAGAGAAUUUGAUAACUCUGCUCUAGCACUUUGGUGCGAUUCACUGCUAGAGGUAAAAGAAAAUAAACACGCGCACUCAUGAUGCGUGCACACUUCAUGCAACAGUGGUGUAUAUAUGUAAAACUUUUACUAGUAGGUUUUUCAAGUGAUUGCAUAACCUUUCUAUAUGAGAAAAACAAAACGGUUCUUAAUACUCCUAGUGAUGUGGCAAUGCCUUUCUCUUGCCAUUUAAAUAUCUUUCAAACCUUUCAAACGAAUCUAAAUCUUUCGAUAUCGAUACUUUUAUCUCCAAGAAAAUUUUGCUGCAUUGGAAAAUACUGUGAUUUGUCGAUGACGUCACAUACAUUAUUAUUUCUCUCGAACUCUCUCUUCUUACCCUUCCAAAUUUGAUCAAUAUUUUUAGCUUUUAAAUAAGCCUAAGUUUAAAAAUUCGUUGAUUUUCUAACUCUAUCAACAAUUCAAUAGCAGCUUUCAAACGAGUCCGGACAUGUUGAAAUAGGCAGCCAUCUCUGAGAAAACCAGUAGUUAAAAAACACUGCGUUAUGUAAGUAACGUCACUUAUAUCUCCAGAACGAGAAAUCACAGUCAUUUGAUAUUCGAACUUGAUCCACAAAUCAAUAGUAGCUUUUGUUAAAAAAAGAACGCUUUCUGUUGGUUACGCCAUUUAUACCUAAUAAUAGUUUUCAAAUGGAAUUGUUGAAAUCAGUUUGACGUUCUUCGAGAAAAUUGAGCGACAAUACAAUGACAAAUUUCUAUUAGCAGAAUAAUUAUUAAGUAAACUUCAAUCACAAUGAAUUCAUCUUGAUAAUGCGUAUGUGAUCUGCCAUCGGCUACAACUUGCACGGACUUUUAGAAACGUGUGCUAUUUAUUUGAAAUAAUGGUUAUUUUGUGCAUAGUAUGAUUCCUUUUCAUUCAUAUUUUGUAUUAAUCGACGCCUUGGUCUUCAGAACCUCGUGCUUUAUUCGAAACAUUGUCUAGUUUAACUAUAAAAAUAAACUAUUAC